GCAUGACCGACAUCAGAAAAUACUCUUUAGAAGAACAGCAACAGCAACAGCAACAACAACAACUAAAAGCACCACCACCACAAGUGCCCGCUCAUGAGACUCCAUCAUUCGAAAUUUCCCCUGUUAGCUCAAAAUCUACUGUUCAACGGUCAAAGACAGUUCGUAAUCUUAAUUCUGCAGGAAGUAAAAUGAGAGGUUUAUUCAAGUCAAAAAAGGAAUCAGCCAAUAGUCAUAAGAAAUCAAAUGAUGACAAUAAUUUAUUAACAAGGCCUAUCUUAUCUACUUCGGCUUCUUAUGGUCCAUCAAACGGGAACGACUCGAUACACUCGUAUCAACAAUUUCCUCCUCCACCAACACAACAACCAAUUUUAUCCUAUCAAAAAAAAGAAGAACAAAUGAUGAUGAAUAGUGAAUCUACUUUAGAAAUAGACGCCAAUAAACAAUUGUCUUCUUCAUCUUCCUCAUCUGAAAUAAUAGAGCAGAAUCAAGAACAACAACAACAACAACAUAAUUUACAACAUGAAUUAGAGCAACUCAAUGAAUUAAUAGCACAAAAGACAGCUGAAGUUCAAAAUGAAAAGAAAAUGAAGGAACGUCUUCAAGUUGAACUUUUAGAAGCCCAACGUAUCUUUAAAGAAAGAGAAGCAGAAUACUCUGCAAUUGAACACAGUUUCUUUGAACAUACUCGCGCUAUUCGUGCUACCGAUGACGAUCUCUCUACCAUUCGUGAUUCCUUUAAACUCUUGAAAUAUUCUAUUGCACGUUUAAUAAUGACAUUAAACAAAAAAGCGGAUAAAACAAGGGCAGCAGAAAAGUUUUGUCAGACAUGGCCCAAUUUGCCUAUUGUAGAUCCUACUACACAUGAAUUAGAGCCCUCACUUAUCAAUGUCUUGUCAGAGAAACUGGUUCAUGAACAUUUAGUAAAGAAUAUCUUUAAUGCACCCAUUUAUCCAGGACUUAAAGUGAAUGAUGCUUAUUUUACGCUUCAUAACUGGCUUCAACAGCAUAAAUCUCAAUUUUCAGUACGUUUAAGACAACAAAUGGCUGCUGUGGUUGCUAAAAGCAAAGGAGAUAGUGAAAUUCAAUUAGCUGCUCAAAAGGAAAAACAAGUGAUUGUUAAAAAGAUUUAUGAUGAUUUAGCUGAUAUCUAUUAUCCAUUUUUACGUGAAAAUGAUGCUGUUGUAGAGGAAGAAAAGAGAUAUUGUACGAAAAUUGGUGAAAUUGUAGAUAAAGCACUUAAAUUAUCUAUUGCUAUUCGAGGUCAAGAAGUAGAGAUCACGACUGUGCCUAUUGAGGAAGGUAGUAAGCAACCCUUUGAGGAAGAAACAAUGACAGAGGUGAAAGGUAGAACAAAUGGUCUUGUUCGUUUCUGUAUAUGUCCUACUUUUAUAGGCGGAGAUCGUGAACAUGGAUUUCUUGAAAAGGGCAAAGUAGUCAUUUCUGGUUAAAAAAAAAAAAAUACCUCUUCUAUUUUACAUUUUGCAUAUUAUAUUUAUAUCUUUUC